GUCCUUUUGAAAUGUGCCCGCCCUUUCGUUUCAACGACCUUGAACGGCUUGACUAGAGGCGGUCAUUCCGUAUUUCAAUUGCCGUGGGUUGGUUGGAUUGCAUGAGUACCAAGUUUUUUCAUAUAUAAGUCAUGUUAUGCUACAUAAAAAAGCACGAAAUAAAUACCAAAACCAUUAAUUUAGCGUUCUCUGUUUUGUAGUGUACACGUUGGCUCUGUUGUUGCUUUGUAAUUUGAUCUUUGAUCCCAACAACUGUAGUAAAGCUCAACGAAAUGUCAAGUCACAGGUAAAUCCUAAGUAUUUGUAGUAUUUUCUUGGGUUAUUAUUGUCGCAAGGAAUAACCUUUUAAUAAUUAGUCAUUUCUGUUUUUAGUGCUUCAUGCUCAAGUGACAUUUCAGUCGACCUAACCGAUGCCUUUCGAAGUAUGAUACUGAACAAGCGUUUCGUCUUGUGGGAUGAUUUUGAAAGCGCCUUAAAAGAGUUCCAAAAAGUAUGGAAUUAUAGUUUUAUCGCUUCUCAGACUACUUAUACUCGUUACAUCCACACAGAGAGCAGAUUGCUGAAGGAUGUCAGGUUCAAAUACCUGUUUGUAUCGUUUAAUUGUACGUUUGGUCAUAAGAGGAAAUCGGAAGGUUUGAAAGUGAGGCAAAAAUCGUCUAAAUUCCGUAAUUGUCGAUCUAAAUUUCGUGUAAGACUAGAGGAGCAAGGAUAUGUCAUCAAAUCCUACAACAUGCUCCACAAUCAUCCAUGUAGUAGUUCAUGGAUGGUAUGUGAUCCAUUGACAAGGAGAUUAUCGUCAGAAGAAAAAGAGAACUUGAAGCCCGUAAUACUUCACUGUGAGUCAGCAGAUGAAGUUAUCGAAAGCAUUAAGGAGAGAACUGGUAAGCAAGUAACUGCUGCCGAUGUCAAAGGUAUGAAAGCUACACUCUCCACUGGUAAUGGAUAUGCUUAG